AUGAAAUGUAAAUCGCCCUACUUUGGCUUCGCCGCUUGCCUGCAAACGUCGGUCGCGGCCAACGCAGCAUGUCGAGACAAAAAGAAACGGGACGAUGCCCAUCACAGCCGCCGCAGCCUACAGGCGUGCAGGCGCAUCUUCGCCCUCUCUUCCCUUGCCCCCAGCGUCGAUGCAGGGAGCGUUUGCCUUCGACGUGCACCUCAAGCUCCAGCCUCCAACCUCGCAGUGUCCAACCCCAAGGCCUGGUGCACCAAGCUUAUUAUGGGAAUCCGGAUGCCCUCUUUGCCGUCAUCGCCAUGUCACUGCCUGCGUUGCUCGCGCCCUGCGGUUACUGCGUCCGCGCUGACUCUUGAGUAUCGAUCGACACAACGGCCAACGGCCCAUGCUUCGGAAUCCUCGUCCCCGGUUGAUGUCAUUUCCUGCAACCAACCUCCUGGAACCCGCCCGAUAGCAGUCCCAGAAGCGACAAAAGGCGGCAUCACAAGCGAGGCGGCGAGGGGCAAGACAAGAACGCCAAACCCCAGCACCCUCUCCAACCCCAGCCGGCAUCCUGGGAUUCGACAACCCAUCAGAGAGUUCCCACUUUGCCUCGCGCUUCUGCCCACCUCUUCUUUCCUCUCACGCUUCGCCUAG